AUGGAGUCUCUCACCACCGUUGGUGCUCUGUCCACCUGUAUGGGUGUAUCCACUGUGGAUAAUGCAACAACACCUAUUUACAGUACACAUGUUGACGCUUACGAUGCGGCUUUGCGGCUAAAAGAUGGGAAUCCACCUGCGGAGAGUGUCGCUGUAUCUAGCACGACACAGGGGCAAUCGCAAACACCUUCGUGUACGGAUACUCAAUCACAGGAACUGCUGGAAGUACAGGGACGACAAAAGGCGGGUAAUACCCAUGAUGAUAGUGAUAUUAGUACAGCAGAGAGUCGAAUGUGUGAUUAUAUUUCAGCCGAAAGGAAAAACAGCAGCAGAAGUAGCAAUGAUAGCAGCUAUAAAAUUGAAUCCCGACAAGAAACAUUUUCCGCUUUUAUUUCACGUUGUUGGACAUUUGGAAAGGAUGAGAAAUCACGAGAGGAUCAUCGUUUACGUCCAAAAAGUCUAUAUAAAGGAAAUGCAGAGAAUAGUAGUUUUUUUCAGACACGUUCCCUACACUCUAUGAACCCUAAUGAUUGUGAGGUUGUGGAUGAUGAGGCCGUCGUUGCUCUUGAUAUGAUGCGUGAAUGGGGCGAGAAGGAAAGAGUGGAACUUCUUCUUCGUCAUCCGCGUUUAGAGCAGUUUACAGCUAUGGAACCGCAAACUCCAUUAUCGGCAGUUCUCACUGGUUUCCGUACUCCUGCAACUCCACAAAGUGGGAGAAGUACAACAGGUGGAGCAUUUCACCUUAGAACUCAGUCUUUGAAGGGUAGCACUCCCGCUUCUUUUAAGAGUGUAAACGGCAGUACUGUAUUCUUUGAGAAAAAGACUCUUUCACGUUGUCAUUCUUUUGAAGAUUUGUAUCUCAGGGAUAUGAGGAAUAAGGAACAUUUUUUACCGCAUAAGCUUUCUCGUUGCAUGAGUGCUGAUCAACCGAUGAUGAUGAGACCCUCACAGGAGGAUAAUUCCCUUGUUAGUAUAUCUGAAUCUCCUAUACCUUCUGACACUAAUGUCAAUACCACUGUUAAUACUACUGUUAAUACUACUACUGCUAAUACUAUUACUAAUACUACUGCUGUUGGUGUUGAUGUGUCAGAGGAGAAUAAGUCGGAUACGUUUCAGCAGCAAGUGGUCGAGAUUGAAGAAGAAGAAGAGGAAGAAGCUUUAAGUUGUGGUCAAUACGGUCUUUUUGAUCAAUUUAUGGAAAACUGCAAUGGGGGACUUCACCGGCGAGGUGGACGCCGUGCAGACAGACGCGCACUGCGUGUCAAUGAUGUUUUGUUGGAAUGUCAAUUCUUUGGUAGUGCAGAUAUCCUGCAGGCGCUUGACGAGGGAAGUGAGACAAGGGGCGGUGAACUCAGUCAAUCUGUUAUUGGUCGGGUGAUUGCACUCGCCGAUCGAUCGCUUCGUAGACGUGCCGGUGAUGAAAGUACUGAGAACGAUGAUAGUGAGAGCAGUGUACACAGUAAUACGGAUGAUAUUGUUACUGAUGAUGAUGAUGAUGAGGAUUGGGUGAGUGCGGGAGCUGUGAAGCUUCAAUCGCGGGAAACAGUAGUGGAAGAGGAGGAAUCUGCCCCUGCAGAUGUUCCAAAGUGUGUGUACGCCUCUGCGGCGGAUGAGUUGUGUAGUGUAGUGGAGCUGGGACGCAUGGCGGCCGCCUGUGCGGAGAUUGCUGAUUACUUGAAACCUUCUACAGCAACAGAAGUAACCACAUAA